CUUAACAGAAUCGUCGUCCUCGGCCAGUAGUGGCUCUAGAUAUGGACACUCCCCGGAGUCACAAGCCUUCCGUCAGACGGUCGACGAGAUACUCUUUGACACCGCACAAAGCGAUCAGGCGUUGUACGAGCAGGCGCAAAAACACCUCCAGAUUUUCCACAAGCAGACCACCUCAUUCCGCGGAGAAGACUACGACAUUCCAGCAUGGGUCAAGCGCGCGAACGAACGUAGACAAGACAGCGGCUUCACGGUCUUGAAACUUUACCGUGCGAUGUAUCAGGUCACGGAUGAUCUCGGGCUAACGCUGGGAAAACGCUAUGAUUCCGCUGUGAUAUGUGCCUGUGCUCGGGGCGCGGACGGCCUUGGGCACGCCACGACCGAGGAGAAGUGGUGUUUACUAGCAAAUGCAUUGUCUACCCUUGCCUCGACGUGGAUGGCAUAUAUGCUGUGGCCUUUUGUCUGCGGCUCACGCCGUACUACACUGCCGCUCGAGAUACCUACGAACCGCACUGAGCAGUCGGAUAAUGCCACGCCAACCAGAGAGACGACAGCAUCUGAGCUACCCGAGGGAGCUCCUAAUGCUCGGGAAGAUGUGAGAGAGAAGGCUCGUACAUGUCGUGACGAUGGGAUUGUGCGCUUUCAACUGACCUCCGCUGAGUUAUGUAGGUCCUCAUGCGCGACAACUAUACAUGCCCUGUCACGGGAUUUGUUGACCGUAGCAGCAAAGCCGAACAGAGACAAGGAGAAUACCGCGUGGUCUUGAGGAUGACUCAUAUCUCCAGACGGAGUAUUACUUGCAUUGACGUGCAGCGAGCCUCUCAGAAUCAGGUCUUGUUCUCCAUUGGGAACAUGAUUUCAAAAAAAUACAUCCUGAUUAUUACUGGUUCUAGAUACAAUCCAAGACAAAUACACUGGACAUCCUUCGGCAUUAUUGUUAACUGGGACAGGACUUCGUCAAGAGACUCGCAGAAAUAACUGAUGAUCCAUGCAACACCUUGAUGCUUGAAGCUAAUGCUCAUGAUGCAUUUGACGACUUUUGUUGGUGUCUCAAGCCUACAGAUGUGCUUCUCCCAUUAGUUUGUCUGAUGCUCUUUGCUGAUUGCAUUGCUAGGUGAAGAAUGUGUAUGCAAUUCAUGAGUUCCAACCAGGAGCAUUCUUCCCACUUAUCAGGAAGACACACAUCACAUUUGUUGAUCACAGCUACAAGCAGACAGCAGGUCCAUCUGCACAG